ACUUGAACAGGAGUUUUGUUUGUAAAUCAAACUGGUAACCGAAACUUACUGACUAUUAUACAACUAGAAUAUCACAUUACUACUGUAGGAAAUGGUUUCUUUAUUAAAACUACAUGUUCUGCUAUUAUGUUGCCUAACCUGCUUCAUUAUCAGAUCUACUUUAGGCUUCGGUGGAUGUGCUCCUGAUAAAUUUCAAUGUGAAGACGAUAUAUGCAUUCCAGCGGUUUGGAAAUGUGACGGUCAAAACGACUGUGCUGAUGGCUCCGACGAAAAAGAAUGCAGGCAGAAUACAUGCAAUUCAGAAGAAUUUACUUGCGACGACCAAAGUUGCAUACCAAGCAGGUGGAAGUGCGAUGGUGAACCUGACUGCCGGGAGGGGACUGACGAAAAGUCCGACGUAUGCCAGGCAAGAACUUGUCGAGCUGACCAGUUCAGCUGUGGUGAGGGCAGUAUCUGCAUUCCGGCAACGUGGCAAUGUGAUCGUGACGCAGACUGCGACAACGGUGCUGAUGAAGCUAAUUGUGAGGCCGUAACAUGUACCGCAGAUGAAUUCACUUGCGGAAACGGAAAGUGCAUAAUUAACCGUUGGGUUUGUGACCAGGAUGACGAUUGCGGCGAUAACACUGAAGAAGCCUCUUGCCCACCAAUAACAUGCGCCCCGAAUGAGUUCAUGUGCAAUAAUUCCUUCUGCAUUCCUGAUCUCUGGAAGUGUGAUGGUGACUACGAUUGCCCCGACCUUUCCGACGAGUCCAGCGACCACUGUGCUCCUACACCACACCACAGCCGCUGUUCGGUUCUUGAGUUUGAAUGUAAUAAUGGCGAAUGCGUUCACACCAGUUGGAAAUGCGAUGGCGCACCAGACUGUACAGAUGGGUCUGAUGAAGAUGGAUGUCCAGUGAUAACGUGUUACCCUACCCAGUUCAUCUGUAGUAACGGAGCGUGCAUCGAUGAAGUCCGUGAAUGUGAUGGAGCUCCGGAUUGUACUGAUAAGUCUGAUGAACAUAUUGCAUGUCCUAGUGCUUCUAAAGAAUGCAACGCAAAUGGGGAUUUCUUGUGCAAGAACGGUAGAUGCAUCUUAAUGACACAGACAUGUAAUGGAAAUCCCGACUGUGGUGAUGGGUCUGAUGAAGAGAUUUCAAAAUGUGGUGUUAAUGAAUGUGCUACGAACAUAAAUAACUGUAGCAGCAAUGCAGAAUGCAUUGACUUGCCAAUUGGUUACUCCUGUUCCUGUCCAGACGGCCUUGAGUUGGAUGAUACCAAUCAGUGCGUGGAUAUAGAUGAGUGCAAGCAGGUAAAUCUAAAGGUAUGCAGCCAGGGAUGCGUUAACCAUGAAGGAGGCUACAAGUGUUACUGUCAGGAGGGAUAUAUUCUUGAACACAAGUCAUACUGUCGCGCUAUUGGAACAGAUCCACUCGUCAUUUUUGCUAACCGUGUUGAUUUACGCGAAUACGAUCCACUUAAAAGGGAAUACCGAAUAAUAGUAAACAAUCAGGAAGCAGCAGUGGCUUUGGAUUACGAUAUCAAGAAGAAGCAGGUUUACUGGACUGACAUCACCCAGGAGCAGAUCUUCCGUACCGACAUCAAUGGCACUGGUAAGCCAGAGGCGGUCAUUACUGUUGUGAACACACCAGAUGGUAUUUGUAUUGACUGGGUCUUUAAUAACAUGUACUGGACUGAUGCUGGAACCAACACCAUUGAAGUUGCAAGCCUGGAAGAUACAACCAAACGUGCCAUUCUCAUAUCGGAGGGCUUAGAUGAACCAAGAGCUAUUACUGUUGACCCAAGAAUAGGUUACAUGUUCUGGUCAGAUUGGGGUAAGAGAGCUAGGAUUGAACGUGCAGGAAUGAAUGGACAGCAAAGACUAACACUUGUAGAUACGGACAUCGAAUGGCCAAGUGGCCUAACCAUCGACCUAGUCAGUGAUCUUCUCUUCUGGGUGGAUGCUAAGGUGCACAGUCUGAGCAGCAUCGACUACAGUGGCCUGUGUAGACGUACCAUCCUCCAAUCCGAAACAAUUUUGCCUCAUCCAUUCUCCAUUGCUGUGUUUGAAGACUAUGUUUACUGGACCGAUUGGAAUAAGAAGAGCAUUAUUCGAGCGAACAAAUUCAACGGCGGAAACCGUACCACUCUGGUUAAUGGACUCUUCUCUCCAAUGGGCAUCCAGAUCUAUCACCGUCAAAAGCAAAUAGAAGGGAUUGUUAACUAUUGCGAGGGUCAUAAUGGCGGAUGCUCUGAUCUGUGCGUAGCAGCCCCUAAAGUGAACACGAGCUCCGGGAAUUAUUCCUGCCUCUGUGCUAGAAACUCUUCGCUAUUGACAGAUGGACGUACCUAUAAGGGCUUAAACAAAAAUCCACAGACACCUCCCAGCCCAAUUGUCAACAUUGAUACGCUUACAGAAUCGAAUGAGGUAGAGAUGAUUGGUCGAUCAGUUAUUAUAAGCAUUAUUGGUAGUCUAGUGUUCAUACUAUUGGUAGUCUAGUAUUCGUUACAGCCUGCAUUAUAUUGAGGUGUAUAAAUCAUUUUUCUUUCUGAAGCAAUAUUUUGUUUAAACAUUUUUUAAUCCAUGUCAUAACAUUUUCUUUCAAAAGUUAAUUCAUUUAACUUGAUUGUUGUACAACCCUUUCAUAAUAGCUUUAACAAGUUAUGUUUGAAAAUAUAAUUAUUUUUUUGUUUACAAUUUUUUUGGAGUGUUAAAAAAUAGAAGAAACUCAAGGAACGUUGAUAUAGCGAAUAUAAAAAGUACCAAAGGUCAAUUAUGUUUACAUCAUCUAUAAUAGUAUGAACACAAUCCUGAUCGAGAGUAUGAAACGGUUUUCCGGUGUUUGAAGGAAGGUUCUUGCGAUACCCUAUGGCUUCCCCGAGGUCCUCUACUCCUAAAAAAAGUUUCCUCCCAUUAAUUGUCAUUCAUUCUCUCCAAACAAAAACGUACAUGACAGUCAGAGCUGAAUUACAUGUUUUCCAAAUUUCUGUACCUGUUAUGGGAUUGUGGAACUAAUGACAACGCCUACAUCAGUGGCACAUCAUUAAAAAAAAUUAAAAACUUCCUCAUUUAUCUUAUUUCCAAGUGGGAAGGACGCUAGGAUUUUUAUGGGCCUGAGAUGUCAUUGGAAACUCUCGGUUGAAGAAACCCUGUAAAGGAAUUAAUGUUAAUGUUCAAUACCUAAAUUAAUGUAAUGUUGAUUGUCAUAACUCACUGGUAGGUAUUUCAGUAAAUGUAAAAUAUACUUUUUCCAUAUAAAAAUAAUAGGAAAUGAACACAGAAUUGAAUUUAGUUGGAAUUAAGGAAUUAUAAAACAAUAUAAUUACCAAUCUUGUGUAUUACUAACAUUAAUAAGAAAUGAUGAAUCAAUGAAGAUAGAGAAAAUCGUUGUGAUGUAUUAUGGUAGACGUGUAAUUCUCAUGUUAAAUUAAAAAAUUUUAAAAAUUAAAAUAAAAAAAAAAUCUGUAAAUAAGAUUUAUCUGACAUUAACCAUGUUUAAAUAAGUCUGUUAUGGAACAUUGAUACAAUAUUAGACAUUGCGUUAGAUUUAUCCAAUCCAUUACUGUGUGGUGGUUUGUACGUUACUUGCAGUACACAAAAAACCGCCUUCUUUCCUGUUAAAAACACCUGUAAAUAUUAUGACUGUUGAACAGUUCAGUUCCAUUGGUUUGUACCUACUCAGGAGAUGAUAUAUAGAGUAGUUAUACAGAAUAUAUAAAUGGAAACUAUACCAAAAGAGUAAACAAACAAGCAUAAACUAAUAUUUUUGUAGAUAAGGACUCGUCAUAUUGAACAUAGCUGUUAACACUAUUCAAAAUGUUGUUUCAUCUGAGAAUACACGUUCAUAAAAGUUUUAUUUUUAUUUACAUGCAUUGUA